GUUGAAGUGGUCGGACUCAUUUACACCCUAACAUAACGGUAACAUAUUUAAUUUCAUCACAGUGACGGCACAGGCGAGAAUAUAAACAAAUAAAUGCAAAGGUUUUUGGUCGGCGUGAAAUUAAGAACCUUUCGUUUUCAUUUGUUCGAAUAAUAUAAUAUUAAAAUAGAAAAUAAAAGGCAGAAACUCGGUUUAAAAAUAUUUGAAUAUUUGCGAACAACCACCGCUUUGCCCUAUUGCCAUACUUCCAACAAGAUACGCGGGAAUUUUGAAUAAAUUACAGAAAAUUAAUCUAAGAGAAGAGCUCAAAAUGUGGAGAUCUAUAGGUGGCUGCAGUAUAAAAUUCCUUACAUUUAUGUUAUUGGCGAGAGUAGCUUGUCUCACACAAGCAGUUGCAUUUGAAUGGUCCGUGAGAGCCGCCAAUAACUCUGGAUUAACUGUUUCUACUCACGAUCUCGCUCUAUUAGUGCAGCAAAAUAAAACGUUUGACAUUUUGGUAAGUGAUCCACUGGAGCUAGACAUUUCCAUCAAUUUGGUGGUACAACAUGAGGGUCUGGUAGAAUUGUAUCCAAUUAAUUUCACCAUCAGUGCAUCGGAUCCACAAAACCAAGUAAUUCAGGUUCUUGGCGUGCGACCUGGAAGUUUGGAGAUCACAGGCAAAAGUACACCGAAUGACUCAUGGAUUGCCGACGAUUUAUUUGUACGCGUCACUGUUGCCAAUUCUCAGGCCAUCAUUUAUAUAUCGCUAGUAUUUGGUUGGAUUUAUUUUGCGGCCUGGUCUAUCUCAUUCUAUCCACAAGUUUAUAUUAAUUUCAAGCGAAAAUCGGUGGUUGGCCUCAACUUUGACUUUCUUGCCCUCAACAUAGUUGGUUUUGCUCUUUACUCCGUUUUCAAUUGUGGCCUAUACUGGAUACCGGAAAUACAACAAGAAUACUCUAACCGCCAUCCACGUGGUUUAAAUCCUGUAAUGCUAAACGAUGUUUUAUUUGGCCUGCAUGCCAUGUUUGCAACAAUUUUAUCAAUCAUUCAAUGCUUUUUAUAUGAGCGUGGCGAUCAAAAAAUCUCGAAAACCGCAUCCGGCAUCUUGGGUACAUACGCAUUAAUUGUAGUGGUAAGCGCAAUUCUAGUUGCAGUCGACGUAAUCCACUGGUUGGAUUUCCUCUACUACUGCAGCUACAUCAAAUUAUCGAUAACGAUCAUAAAAUAUGUGCCACAGGCGCUAAUGAACUAUCGCCGCAAAAGUACUGUAGGUUGGAGCAUUGGUAAUAUUCUAUUGGACUUUAUCGGAGGUACACUUAGCAUGCUGCAGAUGAUCUUGAACGCAUCAAAUUAUGAUGAUUGGGUGUCAAUUUUUGGUGAUCCAACGAAAUUUGGUUUGGGCCUAUUCUCUGUGCUUUUCGAUGUGGUGUUCAUGUUGCAGCACUUCGUAUUUUACAGGCGUAACCAGAUGCCUUCCGUUUCUACGCUGACCGAGGCCACAGAAGUGCCCAAUGCCAAAUCUGAGGAGAAACGUUAUUAGUUGCAUCUACUUUAUAUUUACAUAUUUGUAAUAUGUAAUUAUGUUGUAAAUACCUAGGUUUUUAGAAAUACCUUAUUUUGAUUAGUGAAUAGAAAUUUCGGAAAGAGCACUUUUAUUGUACUUAAAAAGUAUGUGAGGACUUCAAAUAUUAUUAUAUAUAAGGUGGUUUCAAGGCUGCGCUGAAAUGCAAAAUAUUGUGUUAAUAGAAAGAGCGAAUGCCUUAUUGCUAAUGUUAUUUAUUAUUAUUGUAAUUAAAAUAAUUCCGCACUUACUUAUUUUUGAUAUGUAUGCAAAGAUUGUUAAAUUAUAAAUUAAUUAAAAAAGGUUUAAAGAAAUAUUUUCGAUUUAGCGUUAACCAUUCGUAAGCUGUAUCGAAUCCUUAAAAAUUGGAUAUGUAUUUAAGUACACACAUACAUACAUAUGUAUGUACUCCCCUGUAGAGAAUUCAGCUUACUCUAAAUUUAAACAAAAAGACAACUUCUUUUCAGUUUGGUUACUUUUAGGCUGGCUUGUAGUGGGCUUAUUAUCAUAAUAUAAUAUUAAUGGUCCUACGAAUUAUUAUAUACAUUCAUAUGUAGACAUGUAUAUAUUUGAAUUUUGUAGCUUUUACAUACCACUUAGGGAUAGAUUUUAUGCAUAUGAACAUAUUUACAUGCAUAUGUAAGUUAAAGAUUUUCGCGUAAAAAAUCUUUUUUUAAAAAGAUUGCGGUAUGACCGCUCUUUAUUGAGUUCUGUCUAAAACUGAUUUACAAAAUUUCUUAAUCUAAAACCUAAACUUAAAAUGCACCGAGCUACCUGUGGUGGCGUGAACAAUUUCCAGG